AUGUUUUCUAGUAUUAAAAAUGACGCGAGUCACUACGGUUUCACUGAAAAUCAGUUCCAUCAUGAACCAAUAUCCCGGUCUGCAGCAAGCAGUCCAACUGGGCAAAAAAUGCAUGUUUAUCUUAAGGGAUAAACUGGAUCAGGAUUUUAGCGAUAUAUUUGUGUACUUUCUUGGUAACAAAGAAGUAAAUAGCUUAAAAGAUAUCUUUCACUUCAAAAUCAAAGAAGAAUUCAGUACAACGUUUGAAUUGAAAACGUUCAGACAGAUGUUGAAGGAAAGGAAUGUUGAAAAGAUACAUUCUAGACUUGACAUUACUGUAGCAUCUUUCGAUGCCGUUCUAGAUAACAAGUUGGGAUCAAAUUUCGAAGACGGAUUAAUUGUUAUUAGAGACGAAAAAAGUAACCUAAAACUUAUCGAGAGAUCUCUUUUAGGAGUUGUUAAAGAUCAAACACCGUUUGAUGUUUGUACGUCUGAAGAUUUUUUGGGUACAUUUGUUGCUGUUUUACAAAGGAUAUAUUUAUACCGACACAAAGAAGCAAUUAUUCGUUUAAGGUCAUUAUACGAAUGCCGACAGAACAGGCAGUCGUCUUUUCCUUGCAAACGAGUACUUUCUGAAGUGUAUAACAAUGGCCCAGUUGAUGAUCAAACAACACAACAAAACCAAAGUAAAAUGAUGGGAUCGAAACGAAAACGUGAUGUGAACUGUAAGUGUGAAGCCAGUGAACCUAGCACGUCUAGGACAAGAUCAGGCAAGAAGUUUAGGAACUCUUACGAAGAUGAACCUAUGCAAGUGGAACUCGAUCUUAUAAAGGACACAUUGCAUGAAGCGAUUGUGUUAUACAGAAGAAGUCGAAUUCCCGACAGCGAAAAUCCUUUUCCUAAAAAGGAAUUACUUACUCUCACAUGCGAGCUUUCUAGGGCAAUAUAUGCAGUUGAUAAACGAAUAUAUGGGUGUGGGUUUCGGAAUUACACCUUGGAAGUAUUCGUUAAUCUCAUCGAAUGCAGCCAAUCUGAAGAAGGGAGACUUUCACUGCAAAAGCGCAUAAAAAAGUAG